AUGGCUUCUCCUCACUUGUUCUUGUGCAUCCUCCUUGUCGUAUUUGGCAGCUACCUUGCCACCAUUUCUGCUGCAGGCGACGGUAAGCAAAGCUUCGUUGUGGUGUCAACCAGCUCAUUUCAGACGCAAGAUGUCUGCUCCACCUCCACAUCCACAUCCACAAUGAAGCCGCGGCCAAACCGCGCCGGCGCCGCUGUGCCUCUGGUGCACAGGCACGGACCCUGUGCCAAGUCUCCGUCCACCGACAAGCCAUCAUCUUUCGCCGAGGCGCUUCACAGAAGCCGCGUCCGCGCAGACUACAUCAUGAGCAGAGCACUGAGGGGGAGGGGCACCACCACCACCAUGGAGAUGCACGAACAGGAGGAGGGCAAGGUGAGCAUCCCGGCGCACCUGGGCACCUCCGAGGACUCGCAGGAGUACGUGGUGACGUUGGGCCUGGGCACGCCGGCCGUGGAGCAGGUCCUGCUCCUGGACACCGGCAGCGAUCUGUCGUGGGUGCAGUGCGCGCCAUGCAACUCCACCGACUGCUACCCUCAGAAGGAUCCCUUGUUCGACCCGCGCAAGUCCUCCACGUACGCUCCCAUCCCCUGCGGCUCCGACGUCUGCAAGAGCCUCAAGUCCAACCACUUGGACAAUGGCUGCAGCAUGAACGACAAUGGCACCCAGUCCCAGUGCGGGUAUCGAGUCGAAUACGGAGGAGGUUUAAAGACCAGGGGCGUGUACAGCACCGAGGCGCUCACGCUGGCUCCCGGCGAAGUGGUCAAGGACUUCCAUUUCGGCUGCGCAUACAAGCAGCGCGGUGCCGACGACAAGUCCGACGGCCUGCUCGGGCUCGGCGGGGCGCCCCAGUCGCUCCCGGUCCAGACCUCCGCCCUCUACGGCGGCUCCUUCUCCUACUGCCUCCCGCCGGUGAGCAGUGGCACCGGGUUCCUCGCCCUUGGCGCGCCCAGCAACACCUCGGGCUUCUCAUUCACGCCGAUGACUGACUUCAUGGAUGAUGGAACCUCCUACCUGGUGAAGCUCACCGGCAUCAGCGUCGGCGGGAAGCAGCUCCGCAUCCCACGGAAGGUGUUCGAGGGGGGCCUGAUCGUGGACUGCGGUAAUAUCAUCUCACAUCUACCGUCGACGCCCUACGCUAAACUGCGGUCCGCGUUCCGGGCGGCCAUGGCGGCUUACCCGCUCAUCCCUAGUGAUGACGACGACACAUGCUAUAACUUCACCGGAUACAGCGAUGUUACCGUGCCCAAGGUCGCACUCACGUUCACGGGCGGCGUCACGGUCGACCUCGAUGUCCCCAAUGGAGUUCUGCUGGAUGGCUGUCUGGCAUUCACCGAGUCCGGGUCAGAUGGUUACGUGGGGUUCCUCGGCAAUGUCCAAAUGAGAACGUUGGAGAUGUUGUACGACGCUAGGGGUGGUGGACUUGGAUUCCGGACAGGUGCGUGCUGA